AUGCAAGACACCGCGGCGGCCUCUGAAGUCGCCCCGCAGCCUUCCGCGGGAAUUGCGGCCUGCCCCCAACCGCCCCUCCGCGAACCCGACAAGGCCAAGAAUGCGGCCAACCAUCCACCUCCCGCGGAGGAGCGCCGCGCGCACGCCCACCAGCGCGCACACUCACCCUACCGCGACGCCCCUCCGCCGCCACACCCGUCGCACCGCGCGUUGCAGCCGCCCUCCGUGAGCCCUCUCCGUCCGCCGCGGCCACGUCACCACUGGCGAUCCGCGUCAGUCAGCGCAGCGGAAGAGAUUGCGGCGGCGGCAGCAGCAGCAGGAGCUGAUCCCGCCGACCACGCCACCAUGCGCGCCGAGGAUGACGGCGAAAUCUCCGUCACGUGCUUCGGCGCCCCCGGCAGCCGCGGACGUGCGUGGCUCGGCGGAAAGGCGUCCGCCGUAAGCGGCGCGUCCGCCGCGGCGCUGGCUCCGUCCGCCUCGAAGCGAUGGCGGCGGCUCAAGGAGCAAUGGCGGCAUGCGGAGGGGCAGGGGGAGGGGGAUUCCGGGGAGGCGGAGGAGGAAGAGCGUUCGGAGGCGGGGAUAGAACACGCUGCAGCGAGCGCUGAGAGCAGCAGAAGUAGCGGGGGUUUGAACGGGGGCGCGGAGGAUGGUGGCGCAGAUGCGAGGAGAGCAGCGCUUCCAGAGAAAAAACCCGGGCUGAGGGGCAGAGCGGGGCCGUGGGGCUUCCGCUCCUUGUCCGUCACCGCCAUUACCAACCCAGCUUCCGAACCUGACUCUUCCGAAGGUACUUCCGAGGCUAGGCCCGGGGCAGCGGAGGGGGGGAUGGUGAGUGGCAGUGGCAGUGGCAGUGGCAGUGGCAGUGGCAGUGGCAGUGGCAGUGGCUGUGUGCAGAGCACCGCGAGCAGCUCAGGGGCUGGUGGGGGAAAAGAGGACCCAGCCGCACCUGACGGCACGCACGAAGCCUUUUCAGACGCAGUGGGGCGCCGCAGCGUUAGUGCCAUUGCUGCUGCUGCUGCUGCUGCUGACAGCAUUGAUGGCAGGAAUUGGAGUGGCGAGUUGCAGCGUGGUGGUGGUGGCGGUGCGGGCCCAGCAGCAGCCCUGCUGCGCAUGCCCAAGUCCCGCUCCGUCUCCGCCGCCCUGCCCUCCCGCCCACCCGUCACACGCACAGCGCCACACGCAGGGGCCUCGGACGCAGAUAGGCCGGGUGACGGGCGGAGGAGCGCGGGAGCAGGGGAGCGUGAUCGGGGCGGUGGUGUGCAUGGCGAGGAGUCGGCAGGCAGGGGGCAGGUGAGGGGGCACCGUCACAGCAAGUCCCUGCAGCACGUGCCUACUCCGCUGCCCUUGCUGCACAAUGGGGGCACAGGAGCGGGGGAACUUGGGAAUUCCGCAACGAGCAGCAGCAGAGGAGGUGGGGUGAGCGGUACUGGCAAUGCAGACGGAGGGGAUGGUGUGGUGGCAGGGGAGGGUGCGGUGGUGGCGGCAUGGGCAUGGGGAGCACCGGAUGCAGAGCGCUGGUUGGACGGCCACUCACGCCCUCCUUCCGUUGCCGGUCUUGAUCAACCCCUCACCGCACACAUCACCCUUGUGCCCACCGCCUCUCCUCCCGAGCCUGUUCAGCGUGUUAGCUCCGUGCCCGGAGCUGGUGUGCGGCCCAGAUUAGCCAAGCUGCCUGGUUCGGGAUUAGGCUCGGCGGCCAGGGGUGGUGUGGCGCCCCUGGUUGGCGCAGCAAGGAUGUUCCGCAGCGCCAGUGAGGGAGGGCCGGGGCAGAGGAAGGCAGAGCACGCGGAGGGGGCGGGAGGCACAGCAGGGGGCGCAGGUGCAGCAGCUGCGCGGCUGUCACACCUGGGGUCGUUCCGGCAGGGGCUCAGAUGGGGAGCGGGCGACGGGGGGGGAAAGGGGGCAGGCAGGGCGGAGAGAGACGCAGUGGGCAGUGCUUUGGUGGGUGGUGGAGCUGGGAGCGCAGGUGAGCGUGCAGCAGCAGGAGGAGGGAGCACGAGUGGAGGUAGCGUGCGGGUGGUGUGCCUCACAGAGGAUGUGCAUUCCGAUCGUGAUCCUUCCCCUGCCGUUGCAGCACCUGGAUCAGGCGCACACGCAGGAGAACAAGGGGCAUUGGCUGCAGCAGUAUCAUCGGGAGGAACUGGAGGCGGUGCUGUGGCGCUGGUGGGGGGGAAGGCUAUAGUGCGCGGGUCCAUCAUAUCGCCCCUGCGCACCCGUACCCCUGCUACCACCGCUGCUGCUGCUGCUGGGAGUAGCAGUCGCAGCAGCAGCAGCAGCAGCAGCCGGCGCAGCAAGGGACAGCAGCAAGAGAGUGAGUCUGCGGGUUCCUCCCCUCUCCAUGCUGCGCCUGACACCCCACACUCCCCUGUGGACAGCCCUGGUCCCUCUGCCAGCGAGCACGGCACCACGGCCUCUGUGCUCGCCCCGCUCGCCCCCGCACAGGUGGUCUUCGUGCCGCGCCUGCUGCCACCCGCCGCUGUGAGAGCACCCGCGCUGCACUCUGCACCGCGCGAGGCUGAGGGGGGACGCACUGUGGGAGCAGCAGCUGCCGCCGCUGCUGCAGCCGCCACUGCUGCUGCUGCUGGCACUGACAGUGGGUUUGGGGGGGGCAGUGGCAGUGAGGGUGGCGGGGGCAGGGUGGGGCGGCACAGGCGAGUGGAGUCGGACCCGUGUGUGGGGGCCGUGCUGAGACGCACUGGUGAAGGCCGGUGGGGCCAUGGCUCCAAGAGGAGUGGCGCGCACAGCACAGCAGGCACAGGCGCCUCAUGGGAUGUAAACGGCGGGGGGGAGGGUGAGGGAAGAGAGGGUGGGGAGUUGGGAGGGGGGAGUGGAAGUGAGGGGGGUGAUGCAGCAGAGGGUCCGGCAAAGGCCAUGGUGCUGGGCGGGAUUAUGAUUGCGAGGGGGCGCAGGGAGCACAGCACGAGCGCCCCUGCUUCUGGUGGGAGUGGCAGUCGGGGGCGACACCGCGUGGGCAAGGGGGCGAGGGGGCUGGGCGGGGGCAGGGGCGGAGGGGGUGCUGGAGAGGGAAAGGCGGAUGGAGGGGCGGAGGAUGGUGUAGAGCCUGGGGAAGGGAGUGUGGUGGAGCGAGGGGCGUGGGGCGGCAGAGGGGCGAGGGGAGUGUAUGGGAUGGACAAGGUGCUAGCACAGCUGGCACGGCUGGAAGAAGACAUGGCUGCCAAGGGUAAACCACCCCGGAAAAACAACAACAGCCGGGGAGCUGCAGAUGCUGCUGGUGGAAGUGGGGGUGGGCGCGGCAGGAAGAAGGGAGUGCGAAAGCAGAAGGGAAGGGCGCGUGAGAUGAUGGGAGGUCCUGGCGAUGGCGAUGGCAAUGGCAGUGGCGAUGGCAGUGGCGAUGGCAGUGGUGGUGUGAGAGGCACGCGAGGUGCACGGCUGAUGGGGCUGCGUGCAGCACAAACUCAUGGGCCAGCCGGGGAGGGAGCAAGAGGAGCCUUGAGAGGAGUAGCAGGUGGUGCGAAACAGCGUGACUCUGCGAGUGCCUCUGCAACGCCCACAGGGGCAGAGGGACUUGCGGGGUAUGUGGGGAAUGUGGGGGAGUGUCACGGUGACGAGUGGUCGGAGGCGGCAGCAGGAGAAAGAGGGCGAAGAAGAGAGAAGGGGGGAGGCGGAGAGAGAGACUUGGAGGUUGCACGGGGCGGCGAGAUUGGCAGCUCUGGUGGCAGCAGCAAGGUAGGGGAGCAGCGAGUGGUGGAAGGUGCAGUGGAGGAGGAUGGGGAGGACAGCGAGGCAUGGGUGCAGGAGGUGCUGCGGCGCAACAAGGCUGUGUGUAUGCGCAUGGGGGGAGGGAGGGCGCAGGGGCAUGGGGGAGAGCAGGGGGCGGACCAUGGGGAGGGCGGGGUAGAGGGGGAAGGGGGAGACGGCGGGGAGCAUGAGCAGUGUGGGAGCUACAGCGAGGAGGAGGAGGCACAGCACCGGGCAGCGCAGUGGCUGCGGCAGCAGGGCGCACCGGAGCCGUGGGCGCACGCCCUGAGCCUGCGCCUGCACCGCCUGGGCGGCAGCUGGGAGAGCGAGGACGUGGUGGUGGUUGACCACCAUGGGCGGCAGGUCGCCCCAGGGGGAGAUGCCCGGGGGAGAGGUGCACACGGGGUGGAGGGCACGGGGGGGAUGGGCGAGGGGGAGGGCCCGGAGGGGGCGGGGCGUGGGAGGAGGAGGAGGGUGGAGUAUGAGUACGGGGCGCAGUACGAGCUGCUGCGCAUCCUGAGCGGCGGGUUUGCUGUGAGCGAUGAUGAUGCCACAUCUGUGGCGUCAGGUGCAGUGGAUAUGAUGCUGGUGGACAUGGGGGGUGGUGGGGGCAUUGGGGGAGGUGGGGGCAUUGGUGGGGUUGGGGGGGGCAUGGGAGGGAGUAUGGGUUUGGGUGUGGGUGGGUUGGGGGUGGUUGGGCACACUCCCAGGGGCGUGGGGAUGCUGCGCACAGCCAGUGGGCGGUGGGGCAGUGGCGCUCUGGCAGGCCGGCUGGGGAGCGGCACCUGGGGGAGCGGGCGCCUGGGGAGUGGGCAGUGGGGGAGCGGGCAAUGGGGGAGUGGGCAGUGGGUGGGGCAUGAGGUGUGGGGGGACGUGGUUCAGGAAGGGAAGGAGGGAGAGGAGGAGGAGGAGGAGGAGGAGGAGGAGGAGGAGGAGGAGGAGGAGGAGGAGGAGGAGGAGGAGGAGGAAGAGGAGGAAGAGGAGGAAGAGGAGGGGGGGGAGGGAAGAGGGGGAGGGGAGGAGACACAAGAAGGGAGUGGCGAAGGUGUGGGUAUGACAGUGGGACGUGGAGGGAGAGCAGAAAAAGAGCGAGCUUCUGCUGACUAUGAUCGUGACGACAUCCCUGCUUCCAGGCAGCAGCAGCACGAGCAGCGGCAGCGGCAGCGCCCGUGGCGGAGGCAGAGAGGGAGCAAGCAGUGGCAGGGGCAGGAGGAGGGUGCAGGUACGAGUGGCGAUGUGGCGGGUGGGGGAGAGGUUCGGGACUGGGAGGCGGGGAGCGAUAGAAAGGUGGCCACACAGCUGCAGCAGCGGCGGCAGCAGCAGGAAGAGAAAGAGGAGGGAGCGGAGUGGGCGGUGGGUGCAGAGGGGUGCGUGGACGGGGAGAGUGUGUGUGGGUCGCUGGUGUGUGAGGACGGCAGCAGCUGCAGAAGCGGCGGCGAGGUGCAGGGCGGGUGGCAUGCAGCGGGGAUGGAGCCCACCACUGACUCGCCUCACAUGGGUGCGUCUGUGCCUGCUGCUCGUGAUGGGGAGAACGCGUCCCUGCUGCACCACAAGAAGCAGCAGCAGCAGCAGCAGCAGCAGGGAGAGGGGCUGAAGCGGGGAGGGCAGGGAAGGGAGGAGUGGACUGGGGUGGAUGAGUGCGGGGAGGAGCAGAGCCCGGAGGAGAGGGCAAGCAGGUGUGACACGGGUGGCAGCACGGGCACCUGUGUGGUGUGGUCUGUGGGCAGCCGGAACCAGCACGGCUUCCCUCUGUGGGAGGAGCCCUCUCCUCGGCCCUCGGAGUGUGUUAGGGAGGGGGUUGAAGAUGCAGAGGAGGUGGAGGAUGGGUAUGGAGAGAGGAUGAAUGACUUGAAGGCCCAUGUGGGAAGCAAUGGCCAUUUUGUGGGGAAUGGGGGGGAGAGAGAGGAGAAUGAGUUUGAGGGGGAAGGGGAUGAGAACGAUGAUGGGGAUAUGGGAUUGUGCAUGGAGGAGAGCAUGAUGCUGAUUGAAUUUCCACCUUGUUCCACACCCCCAUGCACAUCUCUCCUUGUUCCCAAUCUCACCUCCUCGCCCUCACCGCACGUGUGCUCUUCCCGUUUUCUCCGCGCUUCACGCACUUUUUCCGCUCCCCGCAUCGCGCUCAUCCGCCGCUGUGAUCGCGCCAUGCUGGACGAUGACGUGUUCGAUGACGUGGAUGGAGGCGGCGCGGACUUCAGGGAGUGGGACCGCGAGGCGCAGGUUCGCCGCGACAACUUCGUCAAGCUGGGGUACCGCGACGGCAUAACGGCGGGCAAGGAGGCGGCGGCGCAGGAGGGGUUCAACGCGGGGUUCCGCGAGAGCUGCGCACACGGUUUCCGCUGGGGGCACGCCCGAGGACUCGCCAGUGUGCUCUCCGCGCUGCCCCCAGACGUGGCAUCCCACGUGCGCGUGCCCUCCGCGCCCCGCCACUGCAUGGCGCAGCUUGCCCGCGCCAUGGCGCUGCAGGGCGGGGAGGUGGGGGGGGUAGAGGGGCAGAGAGCGGAGGGGAGUGGGGAAGGGGGAGGGCGGGGCAGUGAGGGCGGGGUGGGCGGUGAAGAGGGGGGAGCGCGAGCAGAGGAAGCAAGCACUCGUGUGGUUACAGCUGCCCUGGCUGCUGUUACUGUGGGGACUGGGGAAGAGGAAGGAGAGGCAAUCGGACCAAGGGGAGGAGAGGGUGGCAGCACGGAGCAAGGGGUUUGUGCGAGUGGGGAGCCAGGCGCACCAGGUGCAGCACAGGGCAGGGCCUGUGGGGGCGGAAAGGGAACUGCUGCUGGGAACUGCUGUGGUGGCGGUGGGUGUGGCAGUGGCCCUGGCAGUGGCAGUGGCAGCGGAAGUGGCAGUGCGUGCGACAGUGGGACAUGUGAAGCAGGGGCGCAUGCCUCGUGUGCCUGCCAGCGUGCGUCUAGAGGCGACUGUGGUGGAACCGGUGUUGCUGACAGUGCAUCAGAUGGUGCUGCAUCGGCUGAACAUUUCUCACAUGGGCCCGUGGCGGAUAGGGCAGAAAGGACUAGCGUAGCAGGGGAGGAAGGCGAGAUUGUGUUGCAUGGGGACAGUUUGGAUGCUGCAAGUGCAGGAGGACAGGGUGAAGAAAGACGGAAAAUGGAUGGACAAGCGAGGGACAGGGUUGCUGCAGUCACAGCUGAUUCACUCACAACCGAUGCAGCCACUCCUGGUGGGACCAUGCAAGGGGAGCGUCAUCUUGCGGCAGCAAUGCAGCUGGUGAGCAGCCUGCAUGCAUCCAUGCAUGCACCCGCACACCCUGUUGCUGCUGCAGGUGAUGCCGUGCCGGCAACAAACAGCGGAGGUGAGGCGGGGGUUGCUACUGCAGCUGUGAGUGGUGAUGCAUCCAUGCCAGCUGGCAGUGUGGCACAGGCUGGCAGGGAGAGCGGAGCAGCUGGACCUGCGGAGCCAAGCCCUCUGUGGAGGAUGGUGGGGGAAGGGGCUUUGGUGGUGGGAGGGACCAAGGUGGGUGGGGGUGUGGCAGAGGGUGCAUUGGCAGGGGCAUCGGCGGUGUCAGUAGUGCAAGGCGUGCACGCCUCUGUGGUGGCAGGAGUGGCAGCACUGCUGGGGGAUGAUGCAGGGAGAGUGCCGGGAGGAUGGACAGACAUUCUAGACGGUUGA